AUGUUAUUCCUUUAUUGGCUGACCAUUGUCCUUGCAAGCAAGAUCUUGGACAUUGCCGAGAUUACUGCUACCCCAGCACUCAUCAAUCUGUGUGUCAAGGACGUUGAAAAAGAAGGCCAAGCCGAAUUCAAGCUACAAAAGAGUUUCGGCCUACCGAAUCAAGCCACUCGAUUUCCAGCACCAGCACCUGUGGGAAUACUGCAAAAAGAGCAGAUAACAACGGCUGGCGUGUUACAACUUAUUAUGAUUGACGGCAACUCCAGCCGUGUCGCCUCUCCUGAGGAGCUUCGUUGGGAAUUUGGUUUCGAUUCUUGCAGCGAUGAUUCGUGCAGCAGAGAGUUGCAAGCCUUGAGAGCCAUUUCCGAGACCGUGAGGGAAGAUUCCUUGCCACCCACGAAACCUAGCUCAGUCAAUGCUGAGGCUACACCGAUCUCAGCCAACGAAAGCGUUAUUGUUCGAGAGGAGCCGAUACUAAUAAGCUUGCCGGGUUCAAAUUCGAUAGACGCCGAGUCUCCUACAGAGACAGGAAAAGCUACAAGCAUGCCUAAAAAGUUUCCAAAGUUUUCAAGAGGAAGGGGGAAAUUCUAG